AUGUCUGAAGGCGAGCAGGGUGCCCCUGCUGCUCCUGUCGAGCACCUCAACAUCAAGGUCACCGAUAACAACAACGAGGUCUUUUUCAAGAUUAAGCGCUCCACACCUCUGAAGAAGCUCAUGGACGCCUUCUGCGAUCGUCAAGGCAAGCAGAUUGCCACUGUUCGGUUCUUGUUCGAUGGCACCCGCGUGCGUCCCGACGAUACUCCCGAUGGUCUUGAUAUGGCCGACGGUGACACCUUGGAGGUGCACCAGGAGCAGAUUGGAGGCUGUUAA